AUGCAGCGCAGCGCGAAGAAGAAGCAGUCGGCUGUCUGCAGCAGCUGUGAGGAGUUGUGGGGAUUAGAAGAAGGUGUAGAAAAAGAAAUAAUUGGCGUUCUUUUAUCAGAGUUUGAAGCACAGAACGAAAGACAACAAGAAAUAGACUCUGCUCUCUCCACAGAUGUAAGCAACGAUAAUGAUGCCGAUGAUGAACGCGAAGAUGAAUUCAGCGACAGCAAACAGCAGAGGCAGAAGCAGCAGCAGCAGGAUGCGAGGCGGCAGCAGCGGCAGCAGUUGAGGCAUUUGCAGCAGCGGCAGCAGGCAAAGGAGCGCCGCAAACAGCAGCAGCAGGCGCAGCAGGAAGAACACCAACAGCAGCAGCAGCCGCAGCAGGGAGAGCACCAACAGCAGCAGCAGCAGCAGCAGCAGCAGCAACGGAGUCGACACCACUCUUUUGCUGGCCCUCCUUUGCUUGCUGAUGCAUUGAUAAUAACAAUGCCUUCCCGCCCGCCUUCAACUUUAUCUCGAAGCUAUCUUCGUUUUGUUAAGGGUAUUUAUAAAAGAAAAAAGAAGCAGUUCUUACAGGGGCAUUCUAUGGAGGAGUUUAAAACACUUAAAGCGCAAGUACAGAAAAGAGAAGAAUCCAGCAGAAAUAAUAUUAUCAAAUGCAGAUGUGCAAAGCCUUCUCUUAAUAAUAUACAACAACAAAUACAUAUAAAAGAACCUACAGGGCGUCUCACCCCUCAGGAUGCAUGCGAGCGAGUCUCUCUCCCAGGCUGUCCAGGAGAACAUCAACGAGUUUUAAUUUUCAUUGACGAAUAA